AUAUGGUUGAUUAAGUUUUAAUUAUUACGAACUUGAAAAAUAGAUUAAUAUGAUAUUUUAGAGUAACUUUCGUAUAGAAAGUUUUCGUACAAAACACACUGUUUAGCAGUUUGAAAAAAACGUGCCACAAAAAUCUUGAUCUUCAUCCAAAUCUUGUUGUAGAAAUGAACGGGACCAGCUACUAUAGUGAAAUUUAGAUUUCAAAGUUCAUGUAUAUUUUUGAUUGAUUAGCUGAAAUUUGGAAAGAUAUUCCCCUGUGGUUCUACUCUCCCAUCCCGUCCGGUUCUAGCUCAGACUGAAGCGUUUUCCUUCAUUUGAAGUGAAAUGCAACACAGCCACAGCGUUACACCGGUUCGGAUCAGCGGCAAAUGUGCCCGGCGAAAACCAGCUCAUGGAUGAGGCAGCUCACAAGCUCUUCACGGCAAGGCCACCACGGCGACGUCCUCCGCCUCUUCUUCACCGGGGUCAGACUCCAAGCUGGCAGCCGUGGCACGGUGGACCCCUGGCCGGGGGCCGUGCCCACGGCCCUCCGCGCCUGCGCGCACCUCGCCGACGUCGCCUCCGGCCGCCUCAUCCACGCGCUCGUGCUCACCCGCCCCGCCCUCGCCUCGGACGCCGUCGCCGCCACCGCGCUCCUUGACAUGUACUCCAAGUGCGGCCUCGUCGCCAGCGCCCGCAAGGUGUUCGACGAAAUGGCGUCGCGCGGGGACCCGGUCGUCUGGAACGCGCUGCUCGCGUGCUACGCGCGCCACGGCCUCCCGGAGCACGCGCUGGCGCUGGCCGUCAAGAUGCGGGGCAUCGGCCUGUGUCCCGACCUGGUCACCUGGAACAUCGUCGUCUCAGGCUUCGCGCUGGCGGGCGAUGACCUGAUGGCCGGCGAUUUAGUCGGCGCCAUGAAAGACGACGGGUUCCAGCCGGACGUGGUCACAUGGACAUCGCGCGUCUCCGGCUCUGUACUGAACUUUCAGUACGGCAGAGCACGCGCACUGUUCCGAGCAAUGAUGGUUGCCGGCGGCCGUGUCCUGCCAAGCUCGGCAACGAUCAGUACCAUCCUGCCCGCGUUCGCCAAUGUCGCUGACGUGAAGCAUGGCAAGGAAGUCCACGGCUACUCUGUCGUGGCCGGCGUCGAGCAAGAGCUCACCGUCAGCAGCGCCCUCGUCGACAUGUACGCCAAGUGCGGUCUCGUGCUCGAAGCGCGCCGGCUAUUCGACAAGAUGCCACAGAGGAGCACGGUGACAUGGAACUCCAUGAUCUUCGGGCUGGCGAACUCCGGCCACUGCCAAGAAGCCGUCGGCCUCUUCGACCGGAUGCUGCGCGACGGCGCAAAGCCCGACCACCUGACGUUCACCGCCGUCCUGACAGCUUGCAGCUACGGCGGCAUGGUCGAGGUCGGGAAGAUCCUGUACCGAGCCAUGCAGGUGGAGUACGGCGUCGAGCCGAGGCUGGAGCACUACGCCUGCAUGGUCCACUUGCUUGGCCGCGCCGGGAGGCUCGACGAGGCGUACGGUUUCAUCAGGGCGAUGCCCCUGGAGCCCGACCGCUUCGUCUGGGGCGCGCUGCUGGGAGCGUGCCGAAGCCAUGGAAACAUCGAGCUCGCGGAGCUUGCGGCGUCGCGCCUGCUUGCAGUCGAGCCAGACAAUGCGGCGAGCUGCCUCCUGCUCUCGAGUGCGCUGGCGAACGCUGGCAAGCAGGAUGAUGUCUUCAAGAUCAAGAGGUUGGUGAAGAGACGGCGUCUGAAGAAGCUUGAUAGCUAUAGUUGGGUGGAGACUUCUUUGUAAUGGGGAUGAUCAGCCAGAGACGAGCAGAAACAAGAAGGUUUGUAGGUUGGGGGUAACGCAGAAAUGCAGAAUAGUCGGAGGAAAUGAUCUAUUCACCCCCAGGUUAAUUGAUUCAACAUCUUUUUAACAUGUGAUGCAGAGAUAAUUUCAGCCUGUAUUCUCCUUCCACAUACAACAUAACAUGUACAGGGUGACUUCUAUUUUGGGCGCUACAUUUACAUUUCAUACUAUCA